AUGGCUGCGCACACUCCUGUGGACAGGAGAUCGGCGUCUAUGACGAUGUAUGAUCCGGCGCGAGACACAUAUACCGUCUCUGAUGAUGCGCCCCCACUCGACAGCGUGGAAGAUCGCCACAAAGUUCACGGACUAGACCAAGAUGAGCAGCGGAACGAUGGAGUCUUGCAGUCUCCAGGAUCUGCUCCCUCCCAUAAUGAAAAGAACAAGAGGAGCCCUAUAAAUGAGUCUUUUAAGUUAUUUCUUCCCCUAGCUCUAGGGCGCGGUGGGACUGAUCCGGACCUUGGCUUGGUUUGUUUGCGGUCUCCAUUAUUCCUCCACUCAUCAACGCCACAGGAACCUAUACGCGGUAGCCUCUCCAAACCCGAAAGAAGCUUUUCUUCGCCUAGCAAUAAUAACAUUAACCCUCUUGAGCACACCCAUCCAACAGCAGCAGCAGCAUCCGGCAAACUGAUCCCUUCCCCCCCUUCCUCAGUAUUAAUGGGGUCUUCCCCGGUAAUAGCAAACGAUGAACUGCCAAUUAACGAGCAACGACCUUCACAAAGCCCGAAGACCUCUCCUAACCAGUUAACCAAUAAUGGGCAUUCCAAUGCCCCUGAAGGGCGCCCAAAAGGCAAAGCUUCCAUCAACGAGAAAAAACGAAAGCUUUCCGAGAACGAGCCACAAAGCGACAAAACAGAACCCGCUCCGGAACAACGGCCAUUAUCCAAGCGUAAACGGCAGGAGGAGCGUUUGCAAAAGAAUAGAAAACGCGGCAAGACUCCGCCAUCAGCAUAUUCGCGUCGAGACCGCUCUCCCACACCUCCCCCCCGUCGUUCUCCGUCUCCGAUACGUCGUUCGGCUUCUCCAGAUGCCGUCCCAAGACCAAGAAAACGACCUGGUGGCGCUGCUCGGAUUGGCUCUGCGAAUCUCGAAGCACUGAGGCGGAGACAAGAGGAACGAGAACGACAGAGAGAAGAGGAAGCUAAGCUGGCUUUGAAGGAUCGAGGUGUUCAUGAUGUCGUUCGGCAACAUUACAACGCGGUGCCGGAAAGAGGCAGGGAAUGGCGGAAGACUGAUAGCCGAAUAAAGGGACUUCGAAGCUUCAACAAUUGGAUUAAGAGUACCGUUAUCCAGAAGUUUUCACCUGAUGAGGAUUUCUUGUCACGAACAAGCGGGAAGAACUGGGCUGACGCAGAGCCGGCAGAAGAAAAGAAAUUGCUCGUCAUUGAUAUAGGAUGCGGGAAGGGAGGAGAUUUGGGUAAGUGGCAGCAGGCACCGCAACCGGUGGACCUCUACGUGGGCUUGGAUCCUGCAGAGGUUUCCAUUGAACAGGCUCGCGAGAGAUACAUUAGUAUGAAAAGUGGGAAGGGCAGGAUAGGUCGCAGAGGCCACCCUCUCUUCCAUGCAGAAUUCUAUCCCAAGGAUUGUUUCGGGGAGUGGGUAGGCGAUAUCCCUAUCGUACAGCGGGUUGGGAUUGACGGCAGCGUUGGACCCGGUGGAUCCAUGAUGGCGGCCCGCUGGGGAGGCGGCGGAUUUGACAUUGUUGUGUCGAUGUUUAGCAUGCACUAUGCCUUUGAGAGCGAAGGGAAGGCUAGACAGAUGCUGCACAAUGUGGCCGGGCUGCUAAAGAAAGGCGGCCGCUUCAUCGGUGUCGGGCCGAAUUCUGACAUUCUUAGUACGAAGGUGGUGGAGUUCCACGAGAAGAAGAAACAGCAGGAGGCUGCUACUGCCGCCGCUGCGGCUAAACUUGAUGAAGGCGGGGAGCGUGAGGACGGCGAAGUGGAAGAAACACCGAUGACGGUGCCUGAGUGGGGAAAUAACAUUUACCGCGUUCGUUUUCCGGGAGAGACGCCUGAAGAUGGCAUUUUUCGUCCUGCGUUUGGCUGGAAAUAUAGCUACUUUAUGGAAGAGGCUGUGGAGGAAGUUCCGGAAUAUGUCGUGCCCUGGGAAGCUUUUAGAGCUUUGACGCAGGAUUACAAUCUGGAACUCCAGUAUCGCAAGCCAUUCCUGGAUAUUUGGAAGGAGGAAAAGGACGAUCCCAUUUUAGGGCCGCUCAGUGAGCGAAUGGGAGUUCGGGCGCGAGGCGGUGGGCUCCUUCUCGUCACCGAUGAGGAGUUGGAGGCUGCAAGUUUUUACCAUGCCUUUUGCUUCUACAAGGUCUAA